ACACAGAACAGCUGAGAGCUCCAGCAGAACGUUGGAGGACAAACGGCUGCAGCAUCGACCGAUCGAUCAAUGAGACCUGAUCGAUCGGCCCCGAGAGGGAGGGGAGGGAGGACAUAAAGCAGAGAGGAGAACCAGGAGAACCUUCAUCACCCUCUGAGCUCCACCACAACCACGACCUGCAGAAGAACCAUGGAGGCUAAAGGAACCAGAACCCGGCUGGACUUCCAGGAGGAUGUCAAACUGUCUGAGAUGAUGCGUUUGCGGGUUUCAGCUCUGCAGCGUUCUGGUCAGAAGCGUCAGGACGGAGAACGUCUACUGCUGCCCCACGAGGCCGUCUACCGCCUGGACUUCCCGUCUCAGGAGCUCAGCUUCGGCCACUGGUUCUUCUCGCUGUUGGGUCACGGCCGGGUCACCGUCACCGGGAUCUCCCAGCACUGGACCCCAGACCUGACACCACUGAUGACCCGCCAGCUGCUGGAACCCAUCGGGACGUUCUGGAGGAACGCCAGCGACCCGGACGACUCACCGCUCAAGUGUCUGGAGGCCGACAUGCAGGAGUUCGGAGAACGGAUCGCCGAGCUCGCCAAGGUUCGGAAGGUCAUGUACUUCCUGUUGGCCUUCAAGGAUGGAGCCGACGCCAAGAACCUGAGCUGCUCCAUCGAGUUCACAGUUGAGAAAUGACCCGAGAGCCUGACUCGGUUCUGUCUUUAAAUGCAACAGUAGAACAGAGAACCUCCUUUAAAGUUAUCGGAGAAAAUCCUCAAAAAAAACAGCUUCAGAACCUUCAGAACUUCAGUUUAAACCCAGAAACACUCCUUAAAGACCAGAUAGUCAAAACAAAACCACCUCAGAACCACCUGGUUCUGGAUCUGCAAGAAAUACUUAGGGAGGCAAAGUUCUACCUUCAUCAUGUCAGUAGAUGUGUUUUUCCUCCUAAAUAUCAUGGUUCUAUCUGCUGGACUGAUGAAGUUCUGAAAAAAUCCAUUAGAAAGUGAUAAAUCUGGACCCUCCUCUAUGGACUUCAAGGACCUGGAAUGUUCUAAGUGAGACUAAACUUAAAGACCGGAAGCAGGAAAGGAGAACGUCCCCUGGAGAAAGUUCUAGAAUAGACCUACUGACAACUGGAGAAAGUUCUAGAGCAGACCUACCGACAACUGGAGAAAGUUCUAGAGUAGACCUACCGACAACUGGACAAAGUUCUAGAGUAGACCUACCUCUAGAGUAGGUCUACUCUAGAACUUUUUCCAGGGGAUGUUCACCUCUAUGGACUUCAAGGACCUGGAACUCUGGAAAUAUUCCCAAUAUGAAGGUAGAACUCUGAUCAUUAAUAAAGUUCCUGGAGAUGAAGAACCAGAUGUUCUGAGGAGGUUCUGAGGAGGAAGUAUUUUUCACAAAACAAACCUGCAAAUUUGGGCUGAACAACGAGAGAACAAAUCUAAAAGUGUUUUAUUCAGAUUUAAUUAAUCAUCGGGGCAGCAAAGGUUGAAUAGGUGAUAACAUGAUGAUGUGAAAAUCAAAGAUGAAUAAAAGUGUUUUGUGAUUAUUAUUGAAACCAACAGUAACAAUAAAGAUGUGAAACUGUGA